GUGACAGAAGCCCCGUUGGCCCCGUCGUACGGAGUGCGGAGAAAGAUGGCGACCAACGGUCAAGUUGCCGACAUCGCGCUCUCCGAGGAGGCAUUUUUUACGUUAUUUUUGAUGGUUGAAGAGAACGAAUGCUUGUGGAAAAUCGACCAUGAGGGGUAUAAGAACGUCCACAACAAAGACCGUAUUUGGAAGGAAAUAUGCAGACGGCUGCAGGAAAGGUUUCCGAACCUGAAUGCCCUGAAACCAGAUGAAAUAAAAAGACAGUUCAACAACAAAAGACGUCAGUACCAGGACGAAAAAAAAAAGAAGACCUUCGUCAGAAGUGGUCAAGCUGCUCCCACCUACGUUGGAAAAUGGAAGUUUUUUAGCGCGCUCUCUUUUCUUGAGCAAAAGUGUCCGCCACCACCCCAAGGACACGUACUGGGAGUAGAAGAGGAGCUUCGUGAGGAAGACCUGGCGUUUUCUGUGGUUGACGGGGAGGCUCCAGUCGACAGUCCGUCUGAGCCGGACAACUUGGAGGACGACCCGCAGCCAGAGCCACAGCGCGAGCCACAGCUGCCGAAAAAGAAAAAGCCGAAGAAGGGCAGCGACGACAGCUGUGAGGGCAGGCUGGCCGCCCUCAACAACAUUGCUGCCGCCUUGACAGUACCCACGGAGGAUGACGAGUGCGCCAUUUUCGGCAGACUCAUCGCUAGCCGCCUCAGGCGUCAGCCAGCUGAAAGACAAAGCUGGUUUCAAGUUUUGAUGCUUGAGUACGCUACCACUCUGGAGAACACAGAGAUGCCACCCAAGUAAAUGCUGUUGUUAAUGUAAAAAAAUAUUUCAUUGUAUAAAAUUUGUU